CCUCUUCUGUGACGAUCGUGUCGCUCUGCAGCAAACCAUAUCAGCAGGUAAAUGGAUGUCAUCAGACCGAGGUCGAGGUGAACGAAUUACGGGCUAUUUUAAACCAACUUCAACGGGCGAUUGUCUACGACAGCCCAACUGUUCAAGAAAGAUAUUAAGUAGGCGAACGGUGGAGAAUUCGGGACAAGUUAACAACACAUGCAAUGCGAUGCCCGCGCAGACUGGAAUAACACUCCGGUGUCCUUCCUUGGUCGAAUGUGGAGUCGGUCCCUUUCCCCAUCUUUCCUAAAGCUGAAUAUAAAUGGGGAAAGGAUCCACAUGGAAUUGGAAGAUUAUGAGUGUCCCAUCAUCGAUACUGCGCAAGGGAGCAUAUUCUGCAGUGAUCUGAGUCUCGACCGACCGAUGAAACAGGGUUGUUAAUUCGUUAUGAGCCUGCCUGUGGGUUUUGUAAAUCUGCUUGUCUGUGUUUAAAAUUCGAUAAAAUCGCUGAAUUUGAGUUCUUCGGCGAAUCCCUGAUUCUAGAACAUGCACAGGAACUUUCGAAGGUGGAUUCUGUUUGUCUUCCUCUGCCUGGGUCUCAUCUACGUCAGGUUAGGAGCGUUGUCCUCAGUUGUCGCCUUGGGAGCGAAUAUCAUUUGCAACAAGAUCCCAGGAUUGGCGCCCCGGCAGCGGGCGAUCUGUCAGAGCCGCCCGGAUGCCAUCAUCGUGAUCGGGGAAGGGGCGCAGAUGGGAAUCAACGAGUGCCAAUAUCAGUUCAGGUACGGCCGCUGGAACUGCUCAGCUCUCGGAGAGAAAACCGUCUUCGGACAGGAACUAAGAGUGGGUAGCCGAGAAGCAGCAUUCACUUAUGCCAUCACCGCGGCUGGUGUAGCUCAUGCAGUGACUGCUGCCUGCAGUCAAGGAAACCUGAGCAACUGUGGCUGUGACCGGGAGAAACAGGGCUACUACAACCAGGAGGAGGGCUGGAAAUGGGGAGGCUGCUCUGCAGACAUCAAGUAUGGAAUCGAGUUCUCAAGGAAAUUUGUGGAUGCAAGGGAGAUCAAAAAAAAUGCCAGAAGGCUGAUGAAUCUGCAUAACAAUGAGGCGGGGAGAAAGAUUCUGGAAGAAAGAAUGAAGUUGGAAUGCAAGUGUCAUGGUGUUUCUGGCUCAUGUACAACCAAGACAUGUUGGACAACUCUUCCCAAAUUCCGAGAAAUCGGAUAUGUCUUGAAAGAAAAGUACGGUGAGGCUGUUCAUGUUGAAGCAGUAAGGGCCAGCAGAUUACGCCAGCCCACCUUUCUUAAAAUCAAGAAGCCCAGGACCUAUCGAAAGCCAAUGGACACAGAUCUAGUUUAUAUUGAGCGAUCACCAAACUACUGUGAGGAGGACAGUACAACAGGGAGCGUGGGCACCCAGGGACGGUUAUGUAAUCGCACCUCCCAUCACGGGGACGGCUGUGAUCUGAUGUGCUGCGGCCGAGGUUACAACACCCACCAGUAUACCAAAGUGUGGCAGUGCAACUGCAAGUUCCACUGGUGCUGCUUCGUCAAGUGCAACACGUGCAGCGAGAGGACCGAAGUCUUCACCUGUAAGUGAGGCGGCUACCCCAACAGGAAAACAGACACUCUGAAACUUGGGGUGGAGAAUCACAACAAAAGCAAAACGAGAAGGCAGUAACAAGGAGCCAACAAAAAAAAAAUGGAGUGGCAUUGAAAAUCAACUCACUGCGGCAUCACUUUGCACAUCCACUUACAAAUACCCACUCUUUGCUUGAAACAUGUUGCAAGUCACUUGGCUACGUUUCUAUAAUAAAACAAGAGUUGGUGGCAAUUUGAUAUGCCUGGUGCCAGUGCAAGUCCAUUCUUAUGGGCAGUAUUAUUAUUGAAUUCGGUGUGGCAAGUAGUCAGUGAACCAGCUACAACUCCCAGAAUGGCAUGCACUUGAGUAUAUCACCUCACUUUCACAAUCUCCACAAGAAACUCUGCUCAGUCAUAGCACUAUCCUCACAGUGUGAGAAAACAUCAACAAUAUUUCUCCACACACAAAACAAGAACAGCCUGAGGUACAAAGUGGGUACUAAAGGAAUCAUCAUGUUCAGUGCUUUUAAGGACUGGAAAUGACUUCGCUGUAUCACCCCAGAUGUGAUGGCAGAGAUCCAGAGUAGAGGAGGAGGAUGGGAAGGUCCAUCUGUUAUGUUGUUUGAAACUGACUAAAUACGUGUCUUGUCCAGUCUCACUGGAACUAUUUGGAUAGUUAAAAAAAAGUUUAUUUAUGUUUUAGAAUGAACAAUUCUAAGCACUAACAGGUAGUGAUAUUGUAAUUUUUUAAAAAUGUAAACCUGUUAGUUUCAUUCCUGACUUAUAAUGCAUUAAUUUGGAUAUUUCUCCAAAUGUUUCUCAGACACUAAUCUGCUUAUACAUUGAUAGUUUAACAGAAAGUGUGACUAGAAUGAUACAGAGGGAUACAUAAACAGUUAAAAUUCUAAAAUUUACAUCAAGCUAUUCAUUGUUUUGAAUACUCUUUAAAAAUAUUAAUUUAUUUUGAAAGGAAGUUCCUGAAUGCUGGGACAAAGGGACAUAAAAUGCUACAGGUAUGGCUGACAAUAAAUAUUAAUAAAAAAAGUAAUGUGUUUAUGGUUAAGGAAAUGUUAUGACCCAGAACAAUACUUUGGUACUUAAUUUGAUUUGUAUUUCUUCUCCAGUUGUCUUGUGUCAUCUUGCAUUUGCAGAAUGGGGCAUACUAGAAAUGGUAAUUUUGACUGAAAUUGUGCCCUGUUGGUUUUUGCAAUAUAAUAUUAUAUUUUACUAAAUAUCAGUAAUGCAAUUUGGUUGGUCUAUAUGUAGCUUUGUAUACUUGUGCAUUAAGUUAAAUGUUAUGCUUUGAGACUUCCAGUAGCUGUUUGCUUUUUAUAUCUGCAGUGAAAGAUGUGUCACUUUGUAUACCUGUCAACUGAGAUCCAUCACUGGGGCAAACAGUUCUGCAUAUCUUUUCAAAAUAUAUAUUAUACAGAGAAUUUUAAUUUUGAUGAGAUACAUUUCCUUCCCUCUGCCAAGGUAAUUGUUGGAGUUUCUUCUACUGCUUUGCCUCUGCUCAGGCUGGAAGAUGGGCUUUCGGGUCUGCCCAAUGGAAGGCUUGUACCAUGGAAGCAGUAGGAUAGAACCCUUCGGUUUGUCCACCCAAGUGCAUGGAGCAAUCAAAAUGUCACAACUCUGCUGGAAAUCAGGCUGAGAAACUGCUCAAAGGAGUUUGGAGUCAGACUAAAGCUGUUAAUUGAACACAUCCCUCUGGGAAAUCAACUACACUGCGGCAAUGCUCCCUUCUACACAUAACAGAAGGCCCGAGGGAUGAAAAUUAGAUGACGCACGAUCGUCAUCAUGAAAGUUAUGCCAACAAUUCCUCCCCUCCGGAUGCUUCAUGUUUCCACAUUGGGAUGAUUUCAUGAAAACCAAGGGUUAGGAUUGGGCAACCUCGAUCUCCAAAAUAACUGUCCUCCUUUUACAUGAUUUCCUCUAUUUUAAAACUUUCUUUCACAUGGCAGUUUGUAACCCGUUCCUGACUUCAGUAGCAGAACAAUUCACUUCACUGUCAUCCAAUGCCAGAUAAAAAGACAGUUUCUAACGUGAUUUUGCCAUGAGUCCAUAUAAGUGGGGUACAAAGCUGGUGCUACCUUUCAGUCAGGUGAUUGAAACGUCAAUGUCAACAUAAGAAGCCCUUUAAUCUGUGCCUUCCAUUGUGAUUUUGGCACAUUGUCCUCCUUGCUUAUUUGCCAUCACCAACAACAGUCGGAUGGCCAGCAAUGCGUGUCCAAUUUUAAUCAGUAGUUGAAAGUUACAAAGUUGUUGAGUUCAUGAUGGAAUACAAUGCAUUCCAUCAUUACACUGAGGUCUGAUACUCCAAUGUGGAUCACAAUUGAAAUCCACCCAGUCCAGUGUGAUCCACUCAAUCUUUGUGCAAUUAGUGCCUGUGUAUUGACGAUUUGGAAGUGUUGUCAACAUCCAAACAGCCCUAUCGCAGAAUGCCUCAUGAUCAAUGGAAGAAAAAGAUUAGAAUACACAGUUCAGUUGGCUGGAGUAAUGCUGAUUCAAAAUGAGUGAACAACUUUGCAUCCACACAUAAGCACUUACAUUUACAAUAUUAUCCUAUACCUCUCCAUUUAAUAAUGAAAGCUUUACUUCUCUGCUUCUUGUCAAUUAUUGACAAUUAUCGCCAGUAUAACAUUCAAAUCAGAAGACACAGCUAACACACCCAUCCUUAGAUACAUAGCCUAAAGCAUUAAAUCAGACUGAAGCUCAAACUCAGACAAAAUGAGAAUAAGUGUCAUUUUUCAUAUUUGUUAAAUGUAUUGGAUAAGUUCAGAAAGUUGAAGCAAACUAUGUUUGAACAGAACAUGAAAGAAGAGAUAGAUAUCAGAUUAACUGAAGAUUAAUCUUUAACAUAAAUCCGUAUCUAGCUCACUCCUCUGCAUAUUAUUCAAUGGUAAAAUUAUUAUAAAUUUCUAAAUACUUGGCCAAUGUGUACUCACACUCUUCUCUUCAAAUACUUCCCUUGAGUUGAUCCUGAUUCAGCCAAUGGAGAGGAAGUUAACUUAGACAGAGAAACCUCCAAGGUUUGAACUGUUCUGACUCAAAUACUUUUCAGGGGAUGAGCAAGAAGAAUCAAUAACACUUCAAUAUUAAUGUCCAGAAUAUAUCCAAUAACCAUUUACAUCCAAAAUACAUUUUAAUUGCUAGAUUACAUAUAUUUUAACAAGGAAGAAAGAACAAAAGCAACAAAUCUCUCUAUUUAUACAUCCAAUAAGACCUCAAAUGACCCGUAACACUAGUGGUGCACUUACAAUGGGAGAGGGCUGUCCAUGUAAUAUUGUACCUGAAUGCUAACUGGGAUUGUCAGACUCUGUGUCAGAAUACCAGUAUGGUUACUCACUAUGAUUUCAACAUAAUCUUGAAAUUUAUUUUUACUCCCCUGACUACAUCCUUUCAGUUGACAAUCACAAUUACUUUAAUAUAAUUUGGAAAAGGAAAGACAAUCCUUACUACUUGUAUUUUAGGAACAUUUAGUGGAUCCUUACUGACCACAUUGGUGCUGUUUUACAUUACAACAAAAUAAAAAGACGUUUUCUUUUUUUUUCCACUUUUCCACAAAUUAUUUCAUAUUGAUGGGAUAAUGUACUCCAAAGCCUCUGCUAGUAUUUCUCUGAAAGAAGGCAGAGCAUACUCUCUUGCAUCCAUCCUCUGGCAAAAAAAACCCAAAGCAUAAGGUACUGGCGAAAUGACAAAUACUUUUAUGGAAUGUCUGUCAAUUGUUUGAAGGUCUCAAGCUGCAGUCCUUAUGACAACAGAUACCCUUUUGAAAACAGAUGCUGCAAAGACACUGAAAUAUGUUGUGUUCAGGACAAAACACAACCUGAUGGCAUGAACAUCGAUUUCUAGUCAUUCCUCCCCCCCCUUCUUCUUCUAUUCCCCACUCCAACCUUUCACCUCUUCUCCUCACCUCCUAUCACCUCUCCCUGGAGCCCUUCGUCCUUCCCAUUCUCCCAUUAUCCACUCUCCUCUCCUACCAGAUUCCUUCUUCUCCAGCCAUCUGUCUUUUCCAACUAUCACCUCCCAGCUUCUUAUUUUAAUCCCCUCCCCCCACCCCCAGCAACCUCCCUGGCUUCACCUACCACCUUCUAGCUUGUCCUCAUUCUCCCCCGCCCACCUUUUUAUUCUGGCAUCGUCUCCCACCCACUCCCCUUCCUUUCCUGUCCUGAUGCAGGGUCUCGGCCCAAAAUGUUGACUGCUUAUUCAUUUCCACAGAUGCUACUUAACCUGCUGAGCUCCUUCAGCAUUUUGUGUGUAUAACUCUUCUUGGCUGGUUUUAAAUAUUUGAACAAAUUAGCAACACUAUACUCUAGUUUUAUAUGAUACUCUGUUGGUGAGAGUACUGAUGAACACACAGUUCACACAAAUUUCCACAAGGGCUCUUACUUACAGAAAUCUACAUUUUUCCAGUAAAAAUUAUUGGAACAAUAUCUUGCAUCUUUUUAACAUUCUAACACUUAGGGACCAAACUGAGGAACAGUGGAAAACGUACCAUGGAAAUGCAACACACAUUUAACCCACACUCAUUUGACCUGGUGCAGGAUUCAUAAAACACAUGCUGCAUCUCAUUAUGGUGAUCAGUCGGUGUUCACUACAUAGCUUCCUGUCUCAGUUAAUCUCCACUGGGCCCAAUUCUGUGAGGUAGCAUCCACCGAGGCAAGCUAAUGCUGACUAAAACCAGCCUCCAUCGCUUAAACGGAUGGGACUUCGGGGCUGAGAGGGCGGUGGGGAAAUCACACUACAUCUUUCAGGAGCUUUCACAAAGAUCUGUCUAGUCAUGGGUAAGAGUGGACACCCUGAUUUUUUCCUAACAUGACCAGAGCCAUGGUUAGCCUCCUAUUGAAGAUAGGGCACUCCAAACUGGAACCUUUAGAAUAAAAUGCAGAACUCAUCUAACCAGUUUAAUUUUUUCUGGUAACAUUGUGACAGGGUUCCUUUUGGAUAUCUUGAAGAAAAGAUGCACUUCUAUCAAUGACUGGCAGGUUUAACUUUACACAUUUAUUUUUAAUGAUGUUAUAGUUCAGUACCACAUAUAGACCAACCAAGGGAGACUCAAGUGUUCUGCUAACUUAGAGCAGAUUGUUUAACCAGCAACACUUUUGGUGAUUGUAAAUCUAAUUCUUCUUCUUCAACAAUGCAGCUCCCCUCUUUUUCGAAGCCCAUCUAAGUAUAUAUUUUCAUAGCGGAUUUUUUCUAUUUGACAUUUUUAUGAACUUGCAAGUGUCAUGUACUUCUUUGUAAUUUUUUUAAAAUUGUUGUUCCCAUUUUUGCAGGUACUCUUUAGCUUUGCUUGAAAAUGAAGUCUUGUCCCGUGGCCCUUCAUGAGCAAUGAAUGGCAGGCGACACUGCCACAUUCAACUGGUUUAUGCUUUCACUACUUUUCCUGUAUCUGAAAGGCAUAACAGGGAACUAUUGGAGCAGAAAUAAGAUGUGUUUUGUUAGUUGUCUGAAGCCCUGAGGACCAGACCUGGAUAACUCCUGAUACUGUAGACUGGAUUGACAGAAAAUAAGUCGUUUCUUUCUGACAAACAUUUUGCCAUUAAAAUAAUGAGAUACAAAAACAGGCUUUGCUGUAUGGGUACUUUGCUGUUAGGCUGGGAUUGUCAACAUGUCAGAAUCAUUAGCUCAUUGGCAUAUAUUCUGCAAGCUAAUGCUUCUGAUCUAAUUCACUAUAGGGACAACAUGCCUGCUACUAAAUAAAACCCAGACUGAAAAGAGAGGGGGAGAAAGUGCUGUGUGACAGGACCACUUCACUCUGCAGCCAGACAGCCUUUCAACCCUUCA